UCACACAUAACAAAGGAGAGAAGCGGUCUCUCGGCGCCCUUUUCAACCCAGCGUUAACAAGGAAAACAACCAUUGCCCCAAGGCAUCAUUGAGCCAUGCCCGAUAAUGCCUAUAGCUAUAUCCGCCUGCGGAAUCUGAGGGCGGGCGUGGCCGGCGACUCGCCUCACGACGAUAACCAUCGCCCUUCGGCGAAGCACCAGGCACGCUCGAGGGUUCUCCUCAUCCGCUCAAAGCUGAAAUCGAUUAUCUUGGCAGCCUCGCUCGUCUUCAACUGCUUCUUCCUUCUCAAGAUUCUAGCGAUAAACAGUGUACGCGACCGGCUGGUCACAUACUCACCUGCUCAGGAGGCUAUUCAGUACGAGAGAGUCGUGUUUUCGAGUGCCUUUGGUAUCGAAACAUCCCCGUUCCAAGGCGAACCUUCCCCAGAAAACGACAAGCUCUGGGCAAACCUCUACGACUUCGCAAUAUCGAGGAUCAGCACGGCCGAGGCUCGCCACAUGGACAAUAAAACCUUGCCAAUCCCAAACGAUCGUGGCAGAUAUAUCGUUCAGCUCGCCGUAUUCCAUCAGCUCCACUGCUUGAACAUUCUCCGAAAGGGCAUCUACGGUGCCGUGGAUAUGUCAAACACCGAUGACCUCCUUGGGAUAGAGCAUAUGGACCAUUGCGUCGAUAUUCUACGGCAGAGUAUCAUGUGCAACAGCGACGUCACACCCACGACAUUCGCCCGUAAAUCGCUUGACUCCGACAUGAAGCUUGUCGCCGAGGUUGUUCAUUCUUGUCGGGAUUUCACCAAAAUUCAGCAGUGGGCAUGGAACAGGCGUCUCAAGUCAGAGUUGGACAAGACAACACUGGUCACCGACGACCCUCUGGGCUGGGGAACGUACACGUACUCACCCUGAAAAGUCGGGGGUCGAAAGGAAUGCGG